GCCAUCUUGCAUUCAGAGAGCGUCGUCGAGCUCAACAGACACGCAGUUCACGUUUCGCCGCUGCAGCAAGUGAAAUUUUGGAGAGAUGAGCAGUCAGAGUUCUCGCAACGAAACGGCAUCCGCCACGGUUAACGGCUCGGAUUCAACUGCAGCGGCUCGCGAUCGGAAAACAGGAGGUGGUGUUCUGAAAAGGCUCAAAUCGCGAAGAAAUCAAGUGGAGCGACGGCCUGUGACUGAGGAAGAGCUGCGGGCGCUGGGGAGAGACAUCACUCCGGAUGAAGUUUUGGGGCUCCGCGCGGUCGCUCGCGACUACCUGUGUAAACCAGAGGACAAUAUCUACAACAUUGACUUUACACGCUUCAAGAUCAGAGACUUGGAGACGGGCACAGUGCUUUUUGAGAUCGCCAAACCGCCACACUGUGAACUUGAUGAGGAAGACGAGGAAAACGGAGAUGCUGACAUAAGCGCUGGGCGUUUCGUCCGUUACCAAUUUACUCCAGCAUUCCUUAAAUUGCGCACAGUUGGAGCCACCGUGGAGUUCACCGUUGGAGAUCGGCCUGUUAACAACUUCAGGAUGAUCGAGAGACAUUAUUUCCAAGAGAGGCUCCUGAAGAGCUUUGAUUUCGACUUUGGUUUCUGUAUCCCGAACAGUCGGAACACCUGCGAGCACAUCUACGAGUUUCCUCAGAUCCCAGAUGAUCUCAUUCGGUUGAUGAUUGAACACCCGUACGAGACCAGAUCAGACAGCUUCUACUUUGUGGACAACAAGCUGAUCAUGCACAACAAGGCAGACUACGCUUACAACGGCGGCCAGUAGUGCCGUUUCAGCUAGAAAUCUGAGGAUUGUUUGCUUCGAUAGUGUUUGCAUGGAAUGCACAUACAGAAUCGACAACAACAAGCGGUGAAGUCACCAGCAUUGUGAUCUGGUACUAGACCCACCCAACUGGAAGUGACCAUCCCUCCCUGAAGUUCCUGCAUUCCACAGACUGCGUUUCGACCAAAAGUGGAGCCGUUUUUGUUCACUACACUUAACCAGACGGAAUUCUCUUGUCGUCCAGCCUUAGGGCCACAAUAAGAGGAAUGGUUUAUUUUGUAUUUAUUUUUAUUUUAAUAAGAUGUUAUUAUCUUUCCCACCUCAGUCUUGAAUCUCUGAAAGAGGUCUUUUUAAAAGACAAAAACACUAGUUUCAUUCAGACGUGCAAAAAUGAACAUACAUCUUUACUGCCCACUAUGUGUGUGAUUGUUAUAGAGGGUUCGUGUGCGAUCUUGCCUUUCUCCUAGUUGAUCAUUUAACAGACAGACAGCAUUACUGUGGUGUGUAUAAACUCUUAUAGCACAAAAAUGAGACCAGAACGUUCUUCUUCACUAGUCAACUUCAUAUGAAGUGCAUUCUCAGGCGUAUAAUCAGGGUAAGUUUGUAUGGAUGUGAUCAAGACAGAGCAGCUGAUCGAUCUGCUUGACACACUUGACAAACCACACAGAUCUCAAUUGGAGACCAUUAAUUUGGCCACUAGUUAAUACGUUACACAUUUUUUCUUCAUCUGUCUUUGGUUUGUCAAAUCACAAGCUGUUAAAUCGUGAGUCUGCUUGUGACAGAAAAUAUAGUUGCAUUUGUGUGUCUUCCUGUCAUCUGUUAAUGAUGAAUUAUGAACUUGCAAACUGUUGUGUUCAUAGGACACCUGUCUUUGUCACGUUUGAGGGCUUUUAAUGUCAGACUCGGCUGUUUGGCUAGGGUGCAUACAGAGGUUUGUGUCACACGCACCACGUGAUGAGAUUUCCAACAUGCUGUCUUUGUUCACCUUCUGAGUGAUCUAGCCUCUCCAUCAGAGCUUUGAUGUGUAUGUUUGAUCUAAUUCAACGUGAUGCUGGUGGUGAUUUGUGAUGUGAUUUGGUAAACAUUUCAGGAAUUGUGAAUACGAUUGGCUGAGAAAGAUAAAUAUGUAAAAAGCAACCAGGAAUGGAACAGAAUAGACCUCUUUAUCCAGCACCAACCUGAACUCAAUUUUAUUAGAUUACAAUGUUAUCUAUAUCCUCUAUCAUUUUUGGUUUGCGUUAGAUGCAAAAUACAUAUUUUAAUCUGUUUACAAACAAGUCAGUUCACAUCCUAAAGUGACUUGAUUACAUAAGUGUCCUUAAAAUAGAUUAUAUCAGAUUAAUGGAUCAAUGUUUGUGAAAUAUUUGUGGAGUACCUGUCUAAUGCCUUACUCAGCAAUGCUGUUGGUUUACAACCAUCUGUUUAAAGGGAUAGUUCCCACAAAAAUAAAAAUUCUGUCAUCAUUUUCUCACCCUCAAGUUGUUUCAAAUCUGUAUUAUUUUUGUUCUAAUAAACACAGAGAAAUAUAUUUGAAAGAAUGCUUGUAACCAAACAGCUCUACGACCCUAUUGUAUACCAUAGUAGGAAAAAUUACUUUAUAGUUUUUUGUUCGGUUGAACACAAAAGAAGAUAUUUCGAAGAAAUUGAGCACUUUUGACUAACAUUGUAAAUGUUUCUACUAUGACAGCCUAAGGGGUCCAUGAACUGUUUGAAUAUAAGCAACAAAGAGAUUUUUACAGAUUUGGAAGAACUGGAAGAAUAUUUCAAUAUUUUACAGAACAGAAUUUUCAUAUUUGGUUGAACUAUCCCUUUAAUGCUACUGUCUGCAGCCCUAGUGGUCGUUUUCUAAACAGCGUUUGGUCCAUAUUACCCAUAUUAUACAAACUACGCACCUUGUUUGAAAAUGUUUUCUUACCCUGUAUUUUCUUAAUAUUUCUUGACCACCUCAUCAGGCCCCUCAAAUCAUUUUUAAACCUUAUAUACAGAAUAAGACAAGGGUUUUUAUUGCUCAUACGGUAGUAGUUUUAGGGAUGCUGCAACUAUAAUUUUCAUUAAUUUGUAAUGUUUAAACUGGAAUACAUUUAUCCUUUACUUUUUUAUUUAGCCAUUUACAAUGUCAUAAUGUUUCUUCUUCAUGAAGCCUGUAUCAGGACUGCUACCAUAAUAACAAAACAUAACAUUAAAGAUUUAUUUAUACGUUAGUUGAAAAUAACAGGGACUAUCAAAAUAUAUAGAAAGUACCUUAAACUUUAGAAAGUUUAAUUGUUAAGAGCGAAAAAUGUCAUUCUGAAGAUGCUAUAACAUCCAUCUGAAAUAACUAUUUGUCCCUGGAUUGAACAUAUUCAUGAUCUCAGAAUGAUAGAACAAUUGUAUUAAACUGUAAAAUAGGAAUUAUGUCCAGUGUGGAUGUGGAAUUUGUACAGACAGAAAUUAAACGUUAUAUAUUAUAUUGGUU